GUUAAUUAAGUCACCCUCGGACCAGGAUUCACUGGGGAAAACUUACAGACGGUUUUCUGGAGUACAGCAGUCUGUAGCUGAGAUUGUGACUCCGUUUCUCUCAAGCCCUUCCUCAUAAGAUGGUCUUGCACAACAUGACAUGGAUAAAAUAUCCAAGCCAAGAGCUCCUGGAGAUCGAAGAUAUCAUAUGGUCACAAAACGUCAUCUCCAGAUUUAUGCAUGUCUACUUCGCGCUGUUUGUCCCCACGAGCUUGCUGGCCGGCACCUUCAACCUGGCGACCCUGGUGAGGAGGCGUGGGGUGCUGACCACGCUGGAUCUGUACCUUCUGGACUCCGUGGUGACCAGCCUCGGGGUGACCCUGUUUUCAUUUACGGCCAUCACCAGACCAGACUACAUGGUGAGCAGCCACCUGAGCUGUGGGGUCCUCUCUUUUUUCUUCAACGUUUGUUACUUCAACGCUCAGUACCUUCAGAUCGCCAUGCUCUUUGCCUUCCUGUUCCAGGACUACUUGCCGUGUGUGAGGCGGCUGAAGCUGCCCGGGGGCGCCCGGGGAUGCCUGAGCCUCGUCCUCGCGUGCGCUCUGGGCGCCUCCGCGGGAGGGGCGAUGCUUCUGGGCACGGCCGGCUCCUUACUGGAGAGCGCGCCAUGUCAGGUGGACCCGCUGAGCGCCUGGCCCGAAUAUGAGAUCGUCAAGUUCAGCCUGGGCUUCGGCGCGGCGCUGGCGAUAGAGGCGGCUUGUUUUCUCCUGCUGGUCGGGAAACUGGCCCGGGGAAACGGCCCUGCGCAGAAAGAUGGCCUGUCCGCUUACCCGCUCGUGCUGGCCAGCACCCUGAGCAUGUUCGCCUGCCGCCUCUUUUACAACAUUAUGCUCCUCAACAGGGCCCGGCUCAAACUGCAGAGGGAUAACGGUUCUCCCAGAGAUGAGCUCGUCAUGAACAUUGCCGAGCUGGUCCUGUUCGCAGAGAGCUGUGCCGGCAACCUGGCCGUUCUCUUUCUUCAUCAGCCGUGUAAGGAAGCCCUGGCCCAAGGCCUAAGAAAUCUAAGCAGACGGUGCCGAAGGGAAGAAGAGGCCCCCAGCAGCAUGGCCCUGUGACCAGGGAGCUGACACAUGUCCCCAUCAACGCAUAUUGAAGACAGGCAGCCAUGGCAAGGGAUGAGCCGCUCCCUCCCUCUGCUAGAACUCCAAAUUUGCACUGUAGAAACACGAGGGCAGGAUCUGAAGCCUUGGCAAGAGACUGCAGGGAUUUUUUACUCACUACUAGAUCCUAGAUCAUCCACAAAUAUUCCCAAAUGCCAAAAAGUGCCUCCAUGGAAAUCCAGAAUUGUCCUGGAAGGGGACCAGCCUUUUUAGGCUCUCUCAGAAGUUAGAACUGGUGCCAAGCUGAAUACAUUCAUAAUGAUCUGUUCAAUAAAUGCAAGCCAGAAUACGUUUAGAUA